AUGGCAGAAACACUCAGUCAAUUGGGCAAUUUCCUCAAAAACGGUUGCUACCUCGAUGUUCUGCUCAGCACACCGGCCGAGCAGCUCAUUGCCGACUAUGUCACCUCCAUCACUAACUCUAUCACCAGAUCUCAGGAUGCGACAAGUUCUCCCUCCCCCGGUGAGAGGCUAGCCGUCGGCCUGGCAGCCUUCAACGCCUUCCUCCAAGCGAACGUCACUGGUCCCGUGCUAGACGACCAGCUCAUCCGCCAUGUCGAGAAACGCUUCUUCCCCAGCGGUAGUCAGCGUCGUGUCCUUCGCACACAAUUCCUCCGCGCCCUGGAUGUGGAUGGUGUCUCGGUGUACGAGCACAUUCCGCAUGUGGAGCUUUUCGGAUUGGCAAAGUUCGUUGUUCUGGAAGGGUUUAUCAGUGAGAAUGAUGAUGUCACGGAGGGAUUGGGACUCGACGAAAAGCAGGGCGCGGAAAGGUCCCUUCGGUGGCUUGCGCUGCGUAUCAGGGUUUGGCAUUAUAAGCUGUUGACAUCGCCCAACCUUGGGCCGGGGUCGGUGUUUAAUAAGAGUCAACAGUGGUGUGACGUGCCGAGUCUGCAAGGGGAGAUUGAGAGGGGGUUGCAAGAGGUGGAAGGGAUGGUUUUGAAUGGGGAGAGGAGAUGGAGUGCGCUUCAUAAGGUGCAGUUUCUGGUUGAGAAGGCGAAUGUGCACAUUAUUUUGGGGCAGGAGGGGAAGGCUAAAGAUACGUUGAAGCGGGCGACUGCGCUGAGUGGGUUUGUUUAUGCGCUGUCGGGUGCGCUGGGGAAAAGAACGAAGUUCCAGAAGGAGGAUAUCAGCCAGUUGGUUGUUUUGGCUAAGAGCGGGGAGGUUUCAGCGGAUGCUGGCAAUGCUGCUGAGCAGCCUAAGCCUGAGGCGCUCCCGUUGAAUGAUGAUACCCUGCUGGAGAACGUUGAGUUCAGCAAGGACGCGCCGAAGGACGAUCCCAAGGCUGAUUUGCCCGAAGCGCUGCGCGACCUUAAGCCGGAUGAGCAGCCUCAGUUAAGCUCACUUGACCAGAUUAUUCUGCUGGCAGAGGCGACUAUCAAGGAUGCAUUCUCGCCGGCGGACUCUCUUACCCUGGAGGAGGUCCUACCGUUUGCGGUGAGGGUGAUCAAUGACAAGUCGACAAACUGGCAAAUCUACACGCACGCGCUGCUGGUUAGGUCAAGGAUUGAGGUUCAUCGCAGUAGAACGGUCGAGAGAGGUGUGCUGCAGAUGCAGGCGGUUGUGGAUCAGGUUGUUGUUGACACGACGCAGCCUGUUAGAGAGGAGAAGGAGAAGGGUGAAGAGGCUAACGAGUCGGGGCUUCCUGAAAUCAAGGUUACGGAAGAUGGGGAGGAUGAGAAGCCUACAGAGCCCAAAAACAAGCCGACUACUUUCUUCCCUGCCCCGAAGCCUACCGAGACGGCCCCCCCUCAAAUCCGUCUCGAGUAUAUCCACACAUUGAGUUCUCCCCCACGCUGGCAUCUCGAGUCCGAGCUCGCCUACUCCUGGGCCGGCGUUGGCUCUCUUGUCUCAGCCAUGGAGAUCUUCAAGCGCCUGCGACUCUGGGCCGAAGUAGCCUUGUGUUACGCAGGUCGCGCAGCCGCCGACGACGAAGAAGGCCGCGGAAGCGGAGGAGAGGCCAAAGCCAAGGCUAUUCUUCGCUGGCGUCUCUUCCAUCGCACAGGUACAAUUGAAGGCGACAUCGAUGAGGAUGCCGACGUGGACGAACUUAAAGAGGCAGAUUUCCAGGGUCCGGAGAGGCAGCCGCCGCCACCGAAUGCCCCUAGGUUGUGGUGCAUUUUGGGUGAGAUUGAGAACGACCCUGCGCACUACGAGCGGGCGUGGGAGAUUUCGAAUCACCGGUAUGCCCGUGCCCAAAAGUCGCUGGGUGAGUAUUACCUUCGGCAGAAGGACAUUUGGCGCGCAAGGGAAGCGUAUCAAAAGGCGGUUUCCGUCAAUAGGUUGAGCUCAGAGCUGUGGAACAGGCUGGGUGACAUCAAUCUGCGGUUGGGCGACUUUGCUGAGGCGGCUGAUGCCUUUGGGAGGGCUAUUGCUGCCAGCGAUAACGCUGCUGGAGGGGAGGAUGCACGCACGUGGAGUAACCUGGGCAGUGCACUAUACAGUCUUUAUGUGGAACGCAUGAGGGAGAUGAAGAAGGCUAAGGAGGAAGGCAGGGAAGUUGAACAACACGCUCCUGUCGACCUUUCGCCAGACUACGACGACGAGGAGCUCACAACUAACACCCAGAAGCCCUCUGACCGCGACCCAGCCACACUCCUGGCUCAGUCUCUUGCCGCUUAUAAGAAAGGUGCCAACAUCGCCCAUGAUAAUUGGCGCAUUUGGGAUAACGUUAUUACUCUCGCCUACCGCAUGCGCCCCAUCCCUGUGUCAGACCUCCUUCUUGGCCUGCGUAACCUCGUUCGUCUCAAGUCUACCGAAGACGUGCUUGAUAUCUCUGUGUUGCGCGUCCUGCUCAACGAGGGAGUCCUUUCUAAGGAGAAACCGGCUGGAGAUGAUGAGAGCAAAGUUUACGAGCCUCCUCGGGGUACUGAAGAACGCGCGGUGUGUGAAUUUGUCGAAAAAUCCGUUGUUCCCCUCAUCACAACCCGCUCGGAACUAUGGGAGCUCGUCGCCCGCGAACGGAUCUGGAGGCGCGAUUACGCUGGCGCCAUCGAUGCCGCAGAGCGGGCCUGGCGCGCAGCUAUCGGCGGCGGCGGUGGUGUUGGCGUCGGAGCGUCAAGCUUGUCUCCGUCUUCAGCGAAGGGGGAGGCUGCGAGGAAGAAUUGGAUAGAGGAUAGGGAAGCGUUUGGGGUCGUUUUGGAGCGGACAGAGGAGCUGGUGUCGAUAUUGGAGAAUUAUGGGGAGAGGGUGCCCGAGUUGGGGGAGAGAUGGAAGGGAAAGGCGAGAAUGGCUGUGCGAAGCGUUAUGGGGAAGGCGAAGGAGAGCUGGGAGGGGACGGAGGAGUGGGAGAAGUUGGAUGGGUUGUUAGAAGGGUUGAGGUAA